AUGAAUACACUGAAAGUCAACAUUGCAGAUCUAGCCCAACUUCUUGGUCAAGAGCAUACCGGAGAGCUGGGAAUUUUUCAUAUUGAGGGAAAUACAGUCAGAUUUCCUUCUACACAAACCGAAAUCCAGCCAUUUGUGACUAUUCAUCACAACUGCGAUAUGGAUGAAAAACAGACAGCAAAUAAGGGAUACAAACGAUGGGCAAUUCGGAUCCCUGAGGAUUACGUUACCUUAGGAACCAAGGCAAGAAAGGCACAUUCUCAAGUUCUAAAAAAUACAAGUAAUGAAUCUUGA